AUGGUUCAUUUUCUGAAGCCGAUCACAUGGAUCGCUGUUCGCGGCAGGAUCGAGAAAUGUGAUGAAGUGCUCACAGCCAAAUCGCCCGCACCGCCGCUCAUGGUAGUCUACCGCGUGGCACUCCUCUCAGUUCAGGCCUUCUGGUUCUUUUCUGCCUCGGAACUAUUCGACGUUCUGUUCCAAGUUGCCUGGUUUUCGCUGGGCAUCAUGUGGACGGUUCAGGCAAGCAGAGAACACAGGCUAUACCUAUCUACAAUGAAUAAAUCUCCUACCCAGGACUCGGGCCAGGACUUGGGCCAGAGGAAGAAUGACUGGAGUCUCUGGGAAUUCAGGGAUUUGAUACGGUUCAACUAUUUUUCAGUAACCGAUAUUUCAUCAACCGCUUUUUGGAAACCGGCCAAUCUGUACAGCUCCCUGGUCCUAACGAUGGAUGGAUACUCGAAAAAGCGAGAACUGGCCUAA